ACAGAUAUUAAAAUGUCUGAUGAUGCUGGUAACAUCCUAGCCCCUGGGGACAAAGCAGAAAUUACUGAGAUGCCCAACAAUGAUUCUUUACCAGAAGAUGCAGAAGUACACUCUGAUUCAGCUACAAUUUCAGAAGAGCCAACGCCAGCUGACCCCAGACGAAAUGCGCAUGAAAAUGUACCUGUCCAGGGUGCAAAGACUGCUGCCGCUGGGCACCUUGAGCAACCCAAAGACUCCAGUGCCAUGGAGCCCGCCCCUAACGGAGAAGUGACUGAGGAUACACUUGCCGAAUGCAAUGAUUCUGUCAGCCUCGAGACAGAACCUGGAUCCGAAAUACCCCUGAAAGAACAAAAUGAUCUGGCUGUGGAUUCCCCUCCACGUGGAGGAGGAUGGGCUGGAUGGGGCUCCUGGGGAAAAUCUCUGCUCUCAUCAGCAUCUGUCACAGUAGAGCUAUUUUUAGAAAGGCAGGUGCUAAAAUUGUUCAUCACCACUGGUCGUCACUACCCCAAAGAAUGCAAUGGAAAUAUAACUGAAUACUACCCCUAA